AUGUCGAAGGUGGUUUCGGAGUCAGAGCCGGCGACUAAUGAGGUGUCGCAUCCCGAUCAAAGGACCACGCCUGCUUCCUUCAGAGUUGUUGUACCGACCUCCCUCGUGUUCGACGUUCGUGCAGUGUUUCUGACCCUUGUUGGGUUUCGACUUCUGAAUGCCUUGACCAUCCGUACAUUUUUCCAGCCAGAUGAAUACUUCCAGGCCUUGGAGCCAGCGUGGAGAUGGGCAUUCGGGGAAGAUGCUGGAGCUUGGAUCACAUGGGAGUGGAACAGCCAUCUGCGAUCUGCUUUGCACCCGGCGGCGUUUGGCAUGUUCUAUCAGACUGCCAGCUUUCUUGCCGAAGCACUGAGCCUGGAUAGCCAUACUCGGUCAGAGCUGCUCCUUGCAACGCCCAAGGUAAUGCAAGCCUUUCUUGCGGCUGGUGGUGACUAUUUCACCUGGAAGCUUGGGUCGUAUAUCUAUGGAAAUGACACAGUUUCAUCCUUGAUGGUACUUCUCUUGAAUGUCAUCAGCCCGUGGCAGUGGUUCUGCUCGACACGCACUUUCUCUAAUUCAGUGGAAUCGACCUUGACCAUUGUCGCCCUGUACAACUGGCCAUGGCACUGGAUGCAACCACUGACUACGGAAGGCCAACGAGAUUCAAAUACCGAUUCCAAAGGCCUUCGAGUGCGUGGAUCGAAUUCGGAAGAGCAAGCAGACUCCGCGGAUGAAAUGACUCGGCUGAGAAGAGCCCUUCUCUGUGCGGCAGCCGCAACGAUUCUGAGACCUACAAACCUCUUCAUCUGGUUCAGCCUGGCUUCCAUGGGAUUUUUUCGAUUCUGGAAGUCGGCAGGACCGAGUUGGACCGAGUUGGUAACAUUCAUCCGCGAAACGAUCCUGUGUGGUAGCAUUGUGCUCCUCUUUUCGAGCUUGGUUGACCGACUUUUCUACGAUGAAUGGGUGUUGCCGCCGCUCAAAUUCCUAUAUGUCAAUGUCAUCCAGUCUCUAGCGACAUUCUACGGUAGUAACGAUUGGCAUUACUACCUCUCCCAAGGUUAUCCCCUGCUUCUGAUGACUGCGUUGCCAUUUACUCUGAUCAGUAUGUACCGCGUUCUCUGCAACAGAGUGGCGGAGUCAGAAGCAACACCCACAGGACUCGGCACCUUGAAACCGCUGACCAUGCUGUGCGUUCUUGUACCGGCUCUGUUCUCAAAUAUCGCGCAUAAAGAAGUCCGCUUUAUAUACCCGCUGCUCCCGGCAUUGCACAUUAUUUCGGCGCUCCAAUUCUCGAGGGUUUUCGGUUGCCUAGUCACAGGGUCGAGUAGAUCUGGUCGAGCCAGUAAACAGCUAUUGCUUGCGGUUCUGCUUGCUCUCAAUGCCUGCAUAGCAUAUUAUAGUUCGUAUGUGCACAAUUCCGGCAUAAUCGAUCUAACACACUACCUCCGCCACGAAUUCGAGCACGCAUACCUUCCAAUGUCUCCGGCGUCGAACAUGACAACAGGCAUGCUGAUGCCCUGCCACUCCACACCGUGGCGCUCUCACUUCCAAUACCCGCCGACAGCAGCACAUCCAGGGAUCCUGGCGUGGGCCUUGACAUGUGAACCGCCUCUCGGUCUAAAUGCGACUGAAAAGGCGGCGUACAUGGACGAAGCUGACCAGUUCUACGACAAUCCCACACUGUGGCUGAAAAGGCACAUGUCGAGACGACCGCCGCGUCGGAAGGAUGGCGUCAGGGCGAGAGGCGACGCAGCUGGAGUCUUCGCGCCACUGGAUGCGUCCUCAGCGUCGAGAAAAAGGACCGGCGUCAGUUCAGACUCGAUCGACGCAGAGCGUGACAAACAUUACUGGAACACGGGAGAAGGGAGAAAACCCUGGCCUGACUACUUGGUGGCGUUUGCCCAUCUCGAACCGACCAUGACAGUGGCACUGAGGGGGAGCGGAUACGUUGAGUGUAAGAGGCUCUGGAAUAGUCAUUGGCACGACGAUUGGCGCCGGACAGGUGACGUCGUGGUAUGGUGUCUUGACGGCUCGCGUGCGGCGAACUCGAAAAGCGCCGGUGAGAAUGCAGUUUUACACGAGACUGGGAACCUUGAAAACGCCAUUCACGACGGUGCGGGUGGACAGAGUGAAGGUGGCCAAAAAGUCCUCGGCGGUCGUCAAGGCGAGAGCCCAAAGAGCAAGGGUGAGAAAGUGACGGAGAAAAGGGUCAAGAACCCGGUAAAGAGAGUCGUCGAGAAGCCGUUUUGGAAAAUCAGAGAUCCCGAGCUUGAACCCUGA